CACGUCUCCGGGGCAACCGGGUCUAAGCGUCUCAGAAGUUGAUAGCAACCACUACAGAACGCAACAGGCGUCAAGUUCUUAGAGCCGCGUAGAAUAAUUAGUAAUUCCAGCAACAUUGCCCUUCGUUAAUUUGGACUUCCACCAAUAGAAGCUGUGGGAAUGUCGAGGAGGAAGACGGAGCUAAACGCAGAGGGCUUCACCGUAAAGGCCACUUUGAAGAACGCAGUGGUGGUGGGUCCCAGAGCUUCCAGGGUUUUUCAUGAGUGCCCUGCCAAACCAAGCACAUUCCGCAAAUACUACGAGCGUGAAGAGCUUCCGAUUGCAGUGAAACAUGAAAACCGAGGGAACAGUAUUGCAUGGAAGGUGGACGUCGAGACACUGGACUACCACCACUACCUGCCACUGUUCUUUGAUGGUUUAACUGAGACUGCUUUUCCGUAUGAACUCUUCGCCCGCCAGGGAAUCCAUGACAUGCUGGACCGCGGAGGCCCCAAGAUCCUGCCUGUCAUCCCCCAGCUCAUCAUGCCCAUCAGGAAUGCCCUGAACACAAGGAACCAUCAGGUGAUGUGCACCACCAUGAAAGUCCUGCAGCACCUGGUGAUGUCUGCAGACAAGGUGGGAGAAGCUCUGGUGCCCUACUUCAGGCAGAUCCUCACCGUUUUUAACCUCUUCAAGAACAACAGAAACGCUACUGGCCUCCCAACAGCUCACCGGGCGAGAUGUGUUUGGAUGGGCUGAAAGGCCCCAGAUUGCACAACCUCUCUGCUCCAACUCCAGGCCCCAGGAAACUGGUCGGAGCUCCGCUGGUUCCCAAGCUGCACCUCUUCCCCGACUCCCUGUGUUCUCUGUCUGAAGGCCAAGCUCCCCCUCUGGGCUGGCUUUGGCUGCUCAUUUCCACAGUAACAGGGGGCAACUCUCCACGGACUUGGCUUUGUAACCUACACCAACAUGCUUUUGCGCAAACACACACACGCAGCUGAAGCAGACUGCAAGUCUGUAAGAGUCACUGUACUCAUUACCUCUCACUGCCCAGCUUACACACAUCUCUGAUUUUCUUUCACUGGCUGCAUUAUAGAUGCUAUUUAAGAUUUUGCUAACUAGUAGGGUGCGGACGCCUGUGUUGUGGGCCGCUCCAAAACGAACCACUGCCUGAGUUUUGAUGUGAAUAAGAGCUUUUCUCGAUUGCUGCAUUCCUCAGUGUAUGCGAGUAUUGCAGUUGUUGUAUCUCUAAAAGGAAAACAGUAAAUAGCUGCUAAAUAAAGCCAAAGCUGUAAAAAUCUUAAGUGUAUCUGGGCUAACUGUUGGUCAAAGCACAGCUGGAAACCAACCCCCCACCCCCCACAUAUCAAACAGCAAGAGCUGCAGACUGAGAUCAUAGACAUGUUACUGCUUAACAGUCCACUUUAUGGGACUGGCUGUCUUUGUGUUUUAAUGAGGAGGCCAUGGACGAGUGGAAAGGAGAGGAGAAAGAUGGAGGGGUGGUGAGGGUUGGUGGGGUUGUAAGGGAAGAUGAGUGAUUAGAAAAGACUGAGAAAGAAUAAAGGAUGGAGUGUUUGGAAGAGGUGAUCGUGAGGUUUAGUGUCCCCUUUCUCUCUCCAAGUCUAAUUAGGAGUGAAAGAAGGGGUUGCCGGGUCCUCCUUUAAGUGCUGCUUUUAAUUUUUCACAUCACAUCCUGAUGAUUCUCUUCUCUUCUCUUCUCUUCUCUUCUCUUCUCUUCUCUUCUCUUCUCUUCUCAAAUGACCGGUUUGUUUUUCUUUGUUUUAUUUUAUAGCCUCCAGAAAUAAAAUCUACACUCUUUCUUCAGGAUAUGUUAGUUGAGCAGGGCCUUAAAUUGGCAACAAAUUUGGACGUCCGUGUGUGUGUGUGUGUGUGUGUGUGUGUGUGUGUGUGUGUGUGUCUCAUUCCUCUGAAAAGUGUUUUGAGCCUCCGGUGCACUGGCAUGAGAUUGGCAGUUUGCUGUGUGCUGAUAAAGUCAACGUCUGUGUGUGCGUGUGUGUGUGUGUGUGUGGAUGUGUGUGCGUUUAAGUGUGCCUGCUGGUGAAAAGGAAGGAGGAAAGAGGAGUGCAGCCUGGACACCUCAGGAAUGUUUUCCUGAUAACAAGUUCUUCCUGCGCUGUGUGCUCGGCUGUUGUUAUUUUAUGUGUUUUACUGCACUGUGACUGUGUGUGUGUGUGUGUGUGUGUGUGUGUGUGUGAUGGCGGAGGGCAGGUUUCACUGCUUUUCAGUUAGCCACAAGUUUAUUUUUAAUCACAGUGGAGUAUGCAAACAUGCAGCCAAAGCGCAGCAUUAAAGGAGUCCACUUGGGUCAAAGUGAUGUAGAUUUUUUCAUCGUGCAGUGAACGAGUUUUGGUUACGUACAGACGUACGUCCACAGCUGUGGAAUCUACUUAAAUUCAGUAAACCACAGAGUCAAGCUCAGUUACAAUCCCAGUUCAGCUAAUGGCAUUUUGAGCAUUACCUGCAAACCUCUUUGCAACCCACUGAGUCUGAGAUCCCCGAAUAAAGCCGUAAUCUACAACUAUAAACUACAGGGGUCCUAACUGAAAUGCAGAGGAUCAGCUCCUUUGUGUGUUUUUGAAGAUUUUAACUGUCUCAGAUUUUACUCCAAAUCAAAAUCACACACUUAAAUAAGUAAAAGAAGAUAACAGCACAAACACACACACCACGCACAUUCCUACCUUUGGAGCAUGACUCCAGCUCACUGCUCAUGCCUCAUGUGCACCGGCGCGUGCUCUGUGCAGCAGCAGAGCGCACACUAACUCGUGCGUCCUCUCCACCGCUCUCCCCUCCGCAGGCCGCCUCAUUAAACUUUCAGCUGAACAGUUAAAAACUCUUUUUGCCGUUCGGUCCCAACUGGCCGCGGCAUAAGAGGAGUAAAUUAAAUUCAGUCUGUCCACUGGGUUUGAAGUCAGAUGGAAGGAUGGCAUUUGCCGACUCGGUCUGCAGUCUCAAAGCAAUGCGCUGUGGCCACAGGUGGUGCUUUGUGAGCCCUGACAUCAGCCUCACAGUCUGAAAUGACCCGGGCGCUCCUAGAAUAUACGCCGUCUUUGUUUUGUUUUUCCUCAUUGUGUCUGGUUUAUGUCUUUGCUCGUC